AUGGACAUAAAGAACAUGAGAAGUGAGUUUAUUUUAGAAGAAGAAAGGAACGUUUUUGAGGACUACAUGUCCUAUGUAAGUGACAGUAACAAUAGGAGUGUAGAAAGUAAACAUUCUAGGUGCUCAAGUAGAAGUUUGAUAGAAGAAGAGGAGGAUGAAGAGGAUGUUAGCAUUUCAAAGAAAGCGAACAAAAAUAGAUCGAUGAAUGCGAUUAAUGAGGAGAAGCACCAAAGAGAAGAAGGGAAAGAAGUUAACGAAGGUAAUAAAGACAAAGAAAAUGAAAAAGAAGUAACAGAAGUAUGUGCGGAAACAACAACUAGAAAUAAUAAAAAUAUACUAGAUAGCGAAGCGCUGGAACAUAAUAAGAAAAAGAUGUCAUCAGAAGGAAAGAAAAAAAAUGAUUUCGAAAUUUUGGAAAAUAGAAAUUUUUCAACAAAAGAAAAAAUGAGAGAAGAUCCUUGUUUUGUUCCAAAGGAAGCAAGAUAUUUCCUUCAUGAUAAUAGAUUUGAAAAUAGUGAUAAGAGUAAUAUAAAAAAAAAAACAAGUGAUAAAAAAACACAAGGAAAUAGUAAAAUUAGUUAUAUAGAUAAGAAAAGAUGGAAACACGAUUUAUUUUAUGAUUAUAAAUAUGAUGAUUAUUUUGUAAAAGACAGAAAUAGUAAUAAAAAUUACCAUACAGUUUAUAAUAAUAGAUAUUACUCAACUAGAAAUAAUAAACAUGAUAGGAAUAAUUAUAAUGUUAUAUCUUAUAAGAACAAUAAUAAAGAUAAUUAUUAUUAUAAAAAUAAUCGUAUUCAAAAUUCGAAGGUAUUAAGUUAUCAUAAAUAUUAUAAUGAAAACUAUAAAAUUAAGCUCUCAACCAAAAAUAAAAAAGACGAAAAAACAAACAACAUGGUAUACAAGCAAAAAUUAAAUGCUUCGUUAGAUAAAGAAAAAAUAGACACAUUCGUAGACGAUAACGAAGAUAGUGGUGUCAAUGGAGUUAAUAGUAUCAGUGAUACUGUACACACUCAUGUGGAUAAAAGGAACAAGAAAGAAACCACACUAAGAAAAUAUAAAGAUAAAAAUAUUGAUGCAGGUUCCAAUGAAAACGUGGAAAAGGUAAAUGGUAGAGAAGGAAUAAAUGAGCAGGAUAGAAAUUCAGGAAAAAGCACAAAAGAAAAGGGAAAAGAAGUAAGCAAAGAAGUAGGCAGAGGAGUCGACGAAGGAGAUGAAAGUGAUAUAGACAGAAAAGUCGAAAAAGUAAUCGGUAAUAAAAUCGAUAGAGUUGUGGAUGAAUAUGCGGAUAGAUACAAAAAUAAAAGUUUGGAUAAAAUGGACGAACCUAGCAGAAGCAAAUACGGAAAUAGGAAAAAAUACGAUGUAAGGGAAAAAAGAGAAAAUUUCAAAAACAACUAUAGUAAUAACGAAAUGAAGAAAAAUAUAUCAUUUUAUAAAUCAAAAAGUAGCUAUAAUAGCAACCAAUUAACAAAUCAGAGGAAUACACCCAAUAAGUAUCAAGGGGCACGAUUUGUUUAUUUAAAAGAUGAUAAUUAUUCUAAUCAGCAAACAGCAAAAACAAAACAUAAUAGUAAAAGAAAUUAUAUAUAUGAAGAAAAUUUUAAUAAUAGUAUUAGCUUAAAUGUGCAUAAAAAUUUGAAUAAUUCUGCGUAUUCAAAAAAAGGUGAUUCUCGAAAAAAUAAUAACAACAACAGUAAUUAUAGUUAUAAUAAUGAAAGUACUAAGAAAGUGGAUAUUAAAUUGCAUAGUAAUGAUCAUUCAAAUUUAAAAAAUUAUACUAAUGGGAAUUUUAGUCGAUCUAUUAAUGUCAAUGUCGAUCGAAAGAAAAGCGAGUCGAAAUAUAGGCCUUCAAGGAAAUAUAACAGUAGUAAUCCUAUGAAAGAUGUAGGAAAUUUAAGAAAAAAGAGUGAAAAGGAAACACAUAGUAAUAAAAAUAGUAGUAACAAUAACAGUAGAAGUAACAACAAUAGUAACAAUAACCGUAGUAGUAAUGACCAUGGUAACACUAGUAACAACAGUAAGAACAUAAACAACAGUAACUAUAACAGUAAUAGUAAUAAUCCCAGCGAGGAAAAAGGAAAAAAUAAGGAUAAUUUUCCAAAAAAGGAGAAUAAUGCAGAAAAAGUUGUAGACUUGAGAGAGACAGAGGAUAAGGAUUGUAACAUUGAACAUGCCAGCAGUAAUGAUAAUAACGUGGAUAGUAUAAGGAACGAUGAAAAAAGUAGACAAAACUAUAUCAAGAGAAAUAAAAUGUUUACCACAAGACAUGUUCAGUGUAUUGAUAAAAAUAAAGGGAAGAUAAAGAGCGAAAAUGGUGUCGAUUUAUUUUAUAAGGAAAAUGAAGAAUGUGGUAUGAAAUACCAUGAUAAUAAUAAUAAUAAUAAUAUGAAAAUUUCAAGGGAGAAAUAUGCAGUAAAUAACAAAUACUCAAAGUAUUAUGCGCGUAGAGAGUCAUCCCCCAAAAGGAGUUAUAGAAAUGUGGGCGAUGGGAAUAGUAGUGGUAUUAAUGGCAAUAGUGGUAAUAGUAAGAGCAUUAGUAACAGUAAUAGUAAUAAUAACUAUACUGAGAUUGAAAAGAGGAAAUUCAAUAGCUGUAGAUUAAGUACCUAUAAUGACGUUAAUACAAAAGGUGAAAAUAAUGAGAGUGCUAGAAAAGGCACCAAAAAUGAUGAUAACACCAUAGAAAAUAAUUCCGAUGCAUAUUAUGAUGAUAUUUAUAGUAGUUGUAAUUAUAACUGUAACAAUUGCAGUGGUGAUAAAUGCAAUUGUGAGUGUUAUAAUAUAAAAGAGGAAAAGAAUGAGUCAGACAUAGACGGAGAAGCAAAUCAAAUAAAGUAUAACGAUAAGAUUAAAAAAAUGAAUAGUAAUACAUUUAAGUCAAAUGUUAAUACUUUAAAAAAAAAAAAAUAUAGAACUCAUCAGAAUAAUGAAGACAAUGUUGAGUACAACAAUAAUGUAAUGAAACAAAACGACGCUAAUAAUAAUUCCGCAAAGCAGUAUAGUAAUAAGGGAGCAUAUACAAAUAUCAAGAGGAAAAAAAAAGAAGAAUUCGUAAAUAAUUUGAAUACCAGUAUGUGUGAUAUGCAGAAUAAUAAAGAUGGUAAUUAUAAUAAAAAAAUUGAUGAGCAUAUCCGUAGUAAUAAUAUUGGAAAUAUGCAGUUGUAUCAAGAUAAUAGAAGGAGCAGCCAUAUUUCGACUGACAGCAAUAGUUAUCAUAAGAAUAGCACUAUCAAUAUUAAUAAUAAUGAUCAUAGCACUGACAACAGGAAUGUCAAUUGCAAUGGUUAUAGUAAUAGUAAUGGCAGCGGUAAUAUUGGUGGUAACAACAAUGGUAAUAAUAAUGAAAAGCACUAUGCUAAUUAUGUAAAUAAUAAUGGUUAUAACACGUACUGUUAUGAUAACAGUUACAUUGAUAGUAAUAAUAAUAGUAGUAAUUACUAUUACAAUGAUAAUAUGUAUGGAACAAAUAAUACGAAUUACAUAAAUGAUAGUCCAGCCUUUUACAAUGAUCACCGUUACCUUAAUCAUCAUAUUAAUGAUCAUUACAUGAAUAAUGCGUAUAUGAAUAAUAAUUAUAUGAACAACCCAAAUUAUAUGAACGGCAGAAAUUACAUGAAUGAUGCUAAUUACAUGAAUGAUGCUAACUAUAUUAAUGAUGCUAACUAUAUUAAUGAUGGUACAUAUAUAGCUGAUACCAACUACAUAAAUGAUGGCAAUUACCCAAGUGAGUGUAAUUAUAUAAGUAAUCAUUAUAUGGGUGAUAACACGGGAUAUAUGAAUGACAAUAGAGGAGGAGGAGGAGGAUAUAUGAAUGAAAAUUACGUGUAUGAGUCAUAUAUGAACAAUAAUUAUAUGAAUGGAACAAAUAACUAUUACUACGAUGCUGUGUACGCGAAUUAUGCAAACAAAAAUGAGAAAUACUAUUAA